AUGGCUACUCUCAAAUACGCCAAAGAUCAGCCUGCUGGCUUCACCAACCGCAUUGAACGUGUUGCCCUCGUCGGUGCUGGCGGUAAUGUUGGCUCACACAUGGCUGAAGAGCUUGUCAAGACAGGAAAACAUACCAUGUCCGCCAUUACGUGCAUUGGGAGCAAAAGCAUCCUUGUGGAUGGCGUCCAUUCCGUCCCAGUAGACUAUGAAAACGAAGAUUCGCUAGUCGAGGCCCUGCGUGGCUAG